AUGUCUUUGUUUCCAGCUUACUUGAAUGCCACAACUUCAGAUGUGAAAAGUAAUAAAUUAUUUUUCAAUUUUUAUCUUACCUAUAUCAUAUCAUUAUGUUAGGUAUAUUGUAUUAUAAUGUUUGCACUGAAAUUAAUAAGUAAUAUAUCUCAUAGUACCUACAAUGUUAUCCACAGAGUUAAAAUAAUACAAAUAUAUUCACACCAUUAAUUAAAAUAAUGGUAAGUUUUGCUAUGGUCAAGUGAAAGCAACUAUAUCAAUGCGCCCAUCCCCAAAAUACAAGUACCACGAUAGACCAAAAAUGCCAAAAAAAGAUUGUUUAUAUUGAUAUUGAUCAUGUUUAGUCAGUUGUUUAGUUAAAUACCUACACAUAUGAUUUAUUAUAAAUAAAUGUAAUAAAAUUAUAUUUAGAUGUAAAUCUAAUGAUUUAAAAUACAAUUUUGUAGCAGAUGAUGAACAAACUGUUGAUAACGAACAACCACAAUGGCUUAAAAAUUCUAGUUUUGAACCUGGAGCCUCAAAAUUAGUAAGUAAUAAUAUAGAAGAAAGUGAAUUCCAUGACACAAAAGUUCUAAAUUCAUACAAAUUAUACAAAAAAUUACAUGGAAAAAAGAAGAAAAAAAAGGAUAAAAAACACAUAAAACAAAUUAAACAACCAAAGUAAGCCACAUUUCAACUUUAAAUAGUAGUCUUACUUAAAAAUUAAUAAAAAGAUAUUUUUACUGAAAGUUUAUAAUUGUUAAUUAUAUUUUAAAUAUACAGAAUACAUAAUAUAGAAGGCAUUUUAAAAGAUUGUGAUUUUAUUUCAAUUGACAGAAAAAAAGAAAAUGGAAAUUUAAAAGUUGAUAAGUUGUAUAGACCUGCAGUUCCUACGUAAGAUAAUUAAUGUAAUAUUGUUAGGUGUUUUAAACUUUUAAUUAAUAUUUUUCUUUAGGUUUCGUGUUAGUAAUAAAUAUUUUGCUCUUGAUAAUGAUGAUGGAUGGGUUAAUAUUUCUUCUAAACAAAAACCAAUUAAACGAUAUUAUGCUUAUAAAGAGAAGGAUUAUGGCGAUGGAAAUAUUGAGGUGUACAUAGAAAAAGAUUGUUUAAUUCAAAAUAAGAUGCUAUUGAAUAUCCCUAAACAAAGAGAUGAAGAAAUUGAACACAUAAAGUUAAAUUCAAUAAAAUGUGAAAAUAACUUAACUUUACUGACUAGUGAAUAUAAUAAACAAUUAUCAGAACAUCCAUUUGAUAUUAAUUUAUGGAUUAAAUUUGUAAAUUAUCAGGUAAAAUUUUACCCAAUGGAACAAAUCUAGUUUAGCAUCCACGUGAGCGAGUUUUUGUUUUUUUUUUCAAAAUGUGUAGUUUUACGUGUACAUUAGGAAUAUGAAAAAAAUCAAGGUGGACGAACUUUGUUUUGAAGUUAUAAGGAAAAACGUCUAAAAGUUCAGGAUUUCUGUUUCGUAGUUAGAAUUUAACAUUCAAUAUGUAUAAUCAAAACUUACCUCUCGUACUUAUAUAGUUUUUGUACAUAAACCUUGAAAAUUAGCAUUUUUGAAAUUCAUUCAAAAUGUGGUCAAAAAUUGACAUUUUUUUUAUUAUUAUUAUUUGUAAUUAUUGAAAUAUUGAUAACAAAGUUUUUUUAUUGAAGUCAGAAUAAGGCUAUCUGGCUUAGUUUUAGAUUUACAAACGUUCAAAUCCAAAGUAUUAAACUGUACUCACUCGGACAAUUUUAUUCGAAAAUAACCAUUGAUUUGUAGUGCAAAACUAUGUCUGGUAAGUAACGGAAAAGAGAAAAAGCAUUUUGAGUGCACUUAGAGAUCUGAAGGGUUAGAUCGCUGUGUUUGCUUAGCGCAGCAUAAUACUUUGGAUUUGAACGUUUGUAAAUCUAAAACUAAGCCAGAUAGCCUUAUUCUAACUUCAAUAAAAAACUUUGUUUGGAAAAAACUUUUUAAUAUCAAUAUUUCAAUAAUUACAAAUAAUAAUAAUAAAAAAAAUGUCAAUUUUUGACUACAUUUUGAAUGAAUUUCAAAAAUGCUAAUUUUCAAGGUUUAUGUACAAAAACUAUAUAAGUACGAUAGGUAAGUUUUGAUUACACUAAUAGAUUAAGCAUUAAAAACAUACAUAUUUUGAAAAAGAAAUAUUUUAAAAUGUUAAAUUCUAACUAAGAAGUACACAAAACAGAAAUCCUGAACUUUAUGAAGUAUUCCCUUUUAACUUCAAAAAGAAGUUUGUCUGCCUUGAUUUUUUAUAUGUUCUUAAUGUACAUGUAAAACCACAUAUUUUGAAAAAAAACUUAAAAAAUUACGUGGGUGUUUAUGCCCACCUAAUAUAUACAUUUUAAUUUUUUAACUGUGUAAUAUAGUAUUUUUAAACUAAUAUUUUGACACUAUUGUUAACAGCAAACUUUGUAUUCCUUAAACAGUAGACACGGUUAUGCAUUUACAUUAAAUAAAAAAGGUAUUUUAGAAAAGCAGAUUGCUAUUUUAGAUAAAGCACUUUCAUUUAAUAAUGAUAAUGAUAAACUGUUAGAUAUGAAAUGGAUAAUUGCUGAAGAUUAUUUUACAACAGAAGAAGUAAGAUUUUAAAAAUAAAAUAAUAUAUAAAUUGAUUUUGUUAUUUAUUUCUUAGUUUAAUAAAGAAAUAUUAAACGAAUUAGAAAAAUAUUCAAAUAAAGCUGUAUUGUGGAGCCAUUAUAUAAAUGCAAGUCAAAACUCUUUAUCAGAUUGUACAACUUCAAGUGUACUUAAAAAGUAUUCAGAUGCAAUGUUUGCUCUAAAUAAAAAAAAACGAGGUCUAUCUCUAGUUGAUCAAUUGAGUAUACAGAAAGAUAUUAUUGGUAAGUAUAAAAUGUUAUUAAUUCAAAUUAAUUUAAUAAAACAUACCUAAUAUAUUUAUUUUUAUACUACUUUUUAUAAUAUAAUAUAUUGUAUAUUUGGUAUGUUUUAGAACUGUUUAUAAAGUGUGGUUUAUUUUUGAGACAGGCAGGACAUUAUGAGCAGUUGUUAACAUUAAUAAACAUGUAUUUUUCAAUUAGUAUUAAACAUUUUGAUGGUGAUCUUAUUGAAAAGCUGUAUACUGAUUCACCUGAUGAUAUAAGUAAAUUUUAUAACUUUCUAUCUAGUUGUCUUUGUUAAUUGAAUUAAUACAUAAUUUUAUAGUUUUGGAUAAUGAACUGAAAACAAUGCCUUUAAAUAAAGCUUGGUAUCAAGUAGAAUUAAUGAGAACACGAGAUCGUUGGUUACCUCUUCCUAAACACAUGGCAGACAAUGCAGAAGAUCCUCAAAGAAUUGUUUUGCCAGAAGAAAUGGCAGAAUUAGUACAACCUUUAACCAUUCAUAAGUCUGUAAUUGCAAAUUUAGUUACUGCUAGUUUUAUUCUGCUUAAAAUGCCAAUAUUACCUUUCCGGCAUUUUGUUGUAAAACAAUUAGGCAUUCAUAAAUGCCAUUAUUAUUUAGAUAGUCUUGAGAUUAUUCUUAGCAGUCUUUUUAUGGCUCAUAAUUUUGAAGAUUGUGAGUUAAUAUAUAUUUGUAUUUUAAAAAAACCAUUAAUUAUUAUAUAUUAAUAAACAAAAAAUUUUUUAUUUUUUUUAGCAAAUAUUGGUGAUAAAAAAGCAAGUAAUUCUUUGUUGGUUAUGCUUAAGACAGCAAUGCCACCUAAUUAUUAUGGAAAAUCUGCAUCUAGUCAAACAUAUUGUAGUUUUUUAACUUCUCUUUUAAGACAUAUAACUGAUUGUUUAUAUGCAAUGGAUUUAAUUGAUGAAGCAAAUAUGUUUUUGGUGUGGUGGUUAAGAUUUGAAAGAUAUUGCAUGGUUGUUAAUCUCUGUACUGAUAACAGCCGUUUAGUUUCUGAAGUAAAGUUGUUGCUUGGAAAGCCUCAGUAUAGGUAAUAUGUCAUUAACUUUAAACUAUUUUACAUAAUUAGAAUUAAGUAACUGGUGAUUAUGAAAUACUAUUUAAAUUACUUUUUUUUUUUUUUACAAUACAGAAAUAAUAUUCCUCUAUUCAUUGAAUUUGCAUUGCUAAAAAAUCAAGUUGGCAAAAAGAGUGAUGCUCUGAAAAUUUUUCAAAAAUUAAUUGAUGGCCAAUCCACUUUGUUAGACAAUAAUCCAAUUCAUUUAAAUGUUGCUUAUCGAGCACCAUACACUGCUAUUUACAAGAACAUGGUUGAAAUAUUAAUUCAAGCUGACUGCAAGUAUGUAUAGUUUGUAAAUGGAUAGUGUGUUUGAACACUUUAUGUUCAAAAAAUUGUUUGUUAGAAUGUUGGUAAAUAAACUAAUUGUACUGAUACAAAAUAAUAAUGUAUACAUUUUAUUUUAUUGUCAUAUAUUUAUUUUUAUUUUUGAAAAUAUAUGUUUGACUUUCGUAAAGUUUAUCUUUCAUACUCUUGGUGUUCUUGGAAUUCAUAAUUUUUGAUUACAUACUACUUUACUGUAUCUAGAGAUUUGUUGCUAUUAUUUAUUAACAUACAUCAUUUUUAUAUCUAGAAAAGAAGCCUUAAAAAAUCUUAUAGCUCUUGCAACUGGAGUAUUACCAGAGUGUGCAAGUUUGAACUUAACAGAGGAAGCAUUACUUAUAUUUAGUAAUGUUACAGAAAGUAUUUUGGUUGAUGAAGAACAAUUUGCCUAUUGUACAAUACAGUAUAAUUAUUUGCCCCAGUUUUUAAUUGAAUGGGUCAGUUGUCAUGCUUGGUUUUUGUAUUUAACUCAGAAUGUGAAAACAUCUGUAUCUAUGCUUAAAGAUGUAAUUGAAAAAAUUCAAAAUAUUAUUAAAAUAAAUAAAUACCAGGAAAAUCAGUAAGAAAUUUAAUGUACACUUUUUUUAAAAUUUUAUUUACAAAACUUUAAAUAUUUACAUAUUUUUAGUGCAGCUGAAGAAAUCUUAACUGAAGUUAUGAUUAUUAUCAUUAAUUAUCACUGCAAUCAAUCAAAAAAUUAUCAUAAAGAAUUAAAAAUAUGUUUAAGAAGUGCAAUAUCAAAAUAUUCUCACAAUAUGCAAUUUUUAUUUUCAAUGGUUUGGAAUGAGGUAACAUCAAAAUUUAGGUAUUAUAUUAACUAAGUACAUCCAAAAGUAUUAAUUUUUCUAACUUUUUUGUAUUAGUAUUAAUGUUUUUAUGUUUCAAAUUUAAUAGCGUGAUAAUAUUGAAUAUCAUUAAUAUUUCUGCAAUUUAUUAUCUAUUAUUUAAAGAUUUAGUUUUACAACUUUUAUUGUACAAUAUGUAAUUAAUAUUAUCUUUAUGUCAUAUAAAUGUUGAAUAUUUAAAAAAAUUAUUUAUAGAUAAAAUUUGGAGGUUUUGGAACACCAUUAUGGCAAAUUGAAAAUGUUUAUGUUGAUAAUACACUUGCUGAAAAUAUGGAAACUGUCAGAAUAAUGUUGAUUUUAAUUGGUAGGGAAAGAUUGAGAAUAGCAAGUGAUGUAGCAGUAAUGAGUUUAACUGAUAAUGGAGACUCUAUGAGUAUUUAUGGUAAGACAUUUCACAUUUAUUUUAUCAUUAAUAACUACAAGAAAUUAAUUUAUUAAUUUAAUGAAUAUAUUUUUUUACUAUAAAUGAUAAAAAUGAUUAUUUAAAAAAAUUUCAGGAGGUGGAAAUAUUCUAGAUUUGUUCAAAAACAUGUGCAAUUUAUUUGAAUAUUUUAUAAAAAAUCUUAGUGGUAUUAAAGAAAUGAAAAAGUGUCCAAUGUUUUGGCGACUCUAUUUACAAUAUAUAUCUGAAAGCUCACCAUCUAAUUACAAAAAGUGUUACUAUGAAGCUGUUGAAAACUGUCCAUGGCAUAAAGUAUAUUGUUAUAUUUAUAUUUUUGUUGAGAAUAUGCAUUUUUUAAUUUAAAUAUAUCUAUUUGUUUAUAGUUGUUAUAUAUGGAAGCGGCAUUUUAUCUUCCAGAAGAGCUAACAAACAUCUGUGAUAUACUAGUUGAAAAACAAUUACGAAUACAUAUAACACAAGAAGAGUUGCUUAUUUUGAGAGAAGACUAA